AUGUCGGACACCUCGAUACCGCCAGGUCUGAACGACGAAUAUGCUCGCCAUCUCGCCUCUCUCAUUGGCAAAGAACUCGGCCGCGACCCCAAUGAAUAUCUCGCCCACAAUAUCAUACAAAUCGCGAAGGGCCAACCUGGUCCCAAAUCCUUUAUAGCGGCUUGCAGCGCGUUUGGCCGGUACCGCGAUGAAUUCCUCCGCGAAGUCUUCCAGGAAGUGAAAAAACGUAACGAGGAAGGGGAUUCUGCCACUGGGGCUCAGAACGAGUCGGGGAAAGGAGGUUUUACAAAGCCGGAGAGAUUAGAGCGACAGGCUGAGCUUCCUGGCGGAUUAUUGCUUUCUACAUCGACGAGAAACAGGGAUUCAGGCGACGAUGAUGGCAAGAGGGAGUCUAGAUUGGGGCUUGACAGGAAGAGGAUAAAGUUGGACUUCAAAGUCGAUGGAGAAGACGAUGAUACACAGGCUGAUACCGGGAAGCCAGGUUCAGGUUCAAGCUCAAGUCUAGACUCGAAGAAACCAAAACAACAGUCAGCGCAAUCGGAUGAUCGCACUCAAGCUGAUGGAGAUAUGUUUGAGUUCAAGAAGCCGUCAUUACCGAUACAUAGACAUCCUGUCCAACGUCGAAUGGAAACACCAUCACAUGGGGGAGGACUUUCGAGGGAAGCCGCUGAGAGGCUGGCGGCUUACAGAGGGCGGAGAGAUCGAGAACGUGGUGGUCAGGAUGACGGGCGUGGUGAUAGGAGACAUCAGUACGGCGACCGAGACCGUGGUGGGGAUAGAGAUCGUGGCCGAUACGAUGACCGCGAUCAAAGGAGGCGGGAUGACGACCGCGAUGGAUACAGGAGCCGAGAGGAUUUUGGAAGCCGGAGACAUGACCCUACACCACUUCGACAAGAUAGGUUUGCAGGAGGUCGUGCAACGACCGCGCGGACAUCACGAUAUGCUGCUGCCACGCCACGUACUACUGCCGCGAUUCGAGAUUCCGACGAAGGAUUCUAUGAUCCUCGGGAUACCCAGGCGAUGGACCGGGAUUGGUACGCAGGCGAUGAAAUGGGACAUACAUUCGGAGACGACUCACACAAUCCAUUUGGUUCUCUGGAGAAUUCAUGGGCGGAUCAAGAACGAGAAGCGGCGCUAGCAGAACGGAAAACCGGGAAGCGGAUGUCUGCCAGAGCUCAGCAGAAGCAAAAGGAUGUAGAUGCAUGGGAAACCAACAGAAUGUUGACUUCUGGUGUGGCUCAAAGGGCUGAUAUUGGAAUGGAUGAACUAGACGAUGAGGAAGAAACUCGGGUUCAUAUUCUAGUACAUGACAUUCGGCCGCCAUUUUUGGAUGGAAAAACAAUUUUCACAAAACAGCUGGACCCGGUUCCCGCCGUCCGAGAUCCCCAGAGCGACAUGGCCAUUUUCAGUAAGAAAGGCUCUGUAUUGGUUAGGGAACGAAGACAACAGCGUGAAAGGGCGAAGCAGGCACAGGAAGCUACAAACCUUGCUGGUACCAAUCUCGGGAACGUGUUGGGCAUUAAAGACGAAGAAGGUGACAGUGUGCUUGGUGCUGGGGAACCCACGAAGCAAAAAGCAAUCGAAGGACCUGAUCAAGGAGAUGUUAGGGUGGAGAACAAAUUCGCCGACCAUCUAAAAAAGAGUGAGGGUGCUAGUGAGUUCAGCCGAAGUCGCACCCUAAGAGAGCAGCGAGAGUACCUACCGGCAUUUGCGGUUAGAGAAGAGCUUCUCAGAGUUAUCCGGGAUAACCAGGUCAUCAUUGUAAUUGGUGAGACAGGCUCUGGGAAGACUACGCAGUUAACACAAUUCUUAUAUGAAGAUGGCUAUGCAAAACUCGGAAUGAUUGGUUGCACCCAACCUCGCCGUGUCGCCGCGAUGAGUGUGGCCAAGCGUGUGAGCGAAGAGAUGGAAGUUAAGCUCGGGGGCACUGUUGGGUACGCCAUCCGUUUUGAAGAUUGCACCAGCAACGAGACGGUAAUCAAAUAUAUGACGGACGGUGUCCUACUUCGAGAGUCUCUCGUCGAUCCAAGUUUGGAAAAAUAUUCUUGCAUCAUCAUGGAUGAAGCCCACGAGCGCGCUUUGAAUACCGAUGUUCUGAUGGGCUUGAUAAAGAAGAUCCUUGCGAGGCGCAGAGAUAUGAAAUUAAUUGUCACCUCUGCUACUAUGAACGCAGAACGCUUCUCCCGAUUCUUUGGUGGAGCACCAGAAUAUACUAUACCCGGAAGAACCUUCCCCGUCGAUGUCCUCUGGUCGAAAUCGCCUUGCGAAGAUUACGUGGAAGCCGCCGUGAAGCAAGUCCUGUCGAUCCAUCUUGGACAGGGUGUCGGUGACAUCUUGGUGUUCAUGACUGGUCAAGAGGACAUUGAGGCGACUUGCGAUGUCAUUGCGGAACGUCUAUCACAGCUUAACGAUCCACCCAAACUUUCGAUUCUUCCCAUUUACAGUCAAAUGCCGGCAGACUUACAAGCAAAAAUCUUUGAGAAGGCUGAAGGUGGCGCUAGAAAAGUAAUUGUUGCUACCAACAUUGCAGAAACGAGUUUGACAGUGGACGGUAUCAUGUAUGUUGUCGAUGCUGGUUACUCCAAACUCAAAGUCUAUAACCCGCGGAUGGGUAUGGAUACCUUGCAAAUCACACCGAUAUCCCAAGCCAAUGCCGGGCAAAGAUCCGGACGUGCUGGUCGAACAGGCCCAGGCAAAGCAUAUCGCCUGUACACGGAACAAGCAUUCUCAAAUGAGAUGUACAUCCAAACUAUCCCUGAAAUUCAACGGACAAACCUCAGUAACACCGUUCUUCUUCUGAAGUCCCUCGGUGUACAGGAUCUGUUAGAGUUCGAUUUCAUGGAUCCACCGCCACAGGAUACCAUGACAACAAGUUUGUUCGACCUAUGGGCGUUGGGUGCUCUCGACAACAUUGGGGAACUAACAUCUCUCGGAAAGUCAAUGGCUAGUUUCCCGAUGGAGCCGGCGCUUUCAAAGCUCUUGAUUAUGUCGGUAGAGUACGGCUGCAGCGAAGAAAUGCUCACCAUAAUAUCUAUGCUUUCUGUCCCUAGCGUGUUCUACCGCCCUAAAGAACGACAGGAAGAAUCCGACGCCGCCCGCGAAAAGUUCUUUGUCCCUGAAUCCGACCAUUUAACACUUCUUCACGUCUACCAACAAUGGAAGGCAAACGGCUACUCAGACGGCUGGUGUAUCAAACACUUCCUUCAUCCGAAAGCCCUCCGCCGGGCCAGAGAAAUUAGACAGCAACUUCAUGAUAUCAUGAAGUUCCAGAAGAUGGAGCUACAAACAUGUGGUACCGAUUGGGAUAUCGCGCGCAAGUGUAUCUGCUCUGGAUACUUUGCUCAGGCAGCUAAAGUUAAGGGUAUCGGAGAGUAUAUUAAUCUUCGUACAAGUGUAACUGUUCAACUACAUCCUACAUCUGCCCUCUAUGGAUUAGGGUUCCUCCCGGAUUACGUGGUAUACCACGAACUUAUUCUCACCUCGAAAGAAUACAUGUCAACUGUUACAGCAGUAGAUCCGCAUUGGCUCGCCGAACUCGGAGGAGUGUUUUACAGUGUCAAGGAAAAAGGAUACUCCGCAAAGGAUAGGAGGGUGACGGAGAAUGAGAUCAAUAAAAAGAUGGAGAUCGAAGCGAAGAUUGCAGAAGAUAGACAGAAAGCCGAGGCGGCUAAAGCGGCAGCGAAGGAAGCGCCAGUGAAAAGAGCGCCAACGGGGGUUAAUCCGACUGUCAAGCGGUUGGCGACACAACAGGGGGCUGUGAAGAGGCCUACGACACCUAUGGCAAGAAGGAGAGCGUUUUAG